AACAUGAUGGACGAGAACUGCAAACACGGAGCCACAUGCAUGAGAUCAGACGACAAAAUUUGUAGUGAUUUGAGCUUACCUCUACAGCUUUGAAAUCCUAACAUUUUGUUAUCUUUGACUUCUUCCACUAGUCCCAUGAUAAAUUUUUUUACAAGUAUAAAUGUAGAUGUGCUUUUUGACUACAAUCCAUGCCCUAAUUAUUUAUUUAUUCAUAUCCUUCAAUUAUUAAUCUAGAUGAUGGUGAAAAUCGUUCAGGGAGUGCUUAAAACUGCGGAUUAUUAAUAAUAGUUAAGCAUGAAAAUGGGUGCCGUUUAAUUAGUUUACUAAGCAAAGUCACGAUGCCUUCUUAAACCGUGCAUAAAUCAAGAAAGAUGUUACAAAGUGCUGCCAUUUUAUUUUAUUUUUGUUUAAUUUUAUGGAACUCCAAAUAUUUUGUUCUUUCAUUCUCCUUUAAAAAGAAACUUUACCCUCUACUGGUUGGAGGUCCCUUACUGCUAUUGAGAAAGCGACUGGUUAAAGGGCCAGCAUCCCCUGCUAUUUCCUUUCUCCCUCAGUCUCAUCAUAUUAUUACUCUUUCUACAUGUUCUGUUUCAAAUUUCCUUCUUAUACGUCUCAGUUUGGCCCUCACAAAACCCUUUUGAAUACAAAUACAAAUACAUAUAUAGCUAGCUAGUCUUCUAUAUCCCAUCCCAUAACAGUUAACACACACAUACCAAACAACUCUCAUCUUGAUUUCAACUCUCCCGCUCUCUAAGAUUUAAUCAUGCCCAUCAAAUCCUUUCUACUUUCCAUUUUUCUCUUGUCUCUUUCCAUGCAUGCAUUAUGCAAUGCUCGAAAUAUUGGGUUUGUGAAAGAGGGUUUUCAUGCAGAAGUCUAUUUCUCUGCCAAGGUUGGAGAGGAGGUCGAACAAAGCAUGGAUUCAGUUCAUGGAACUAAUGACAGAGAGGACAUCAGUGAAAAGAGUACUCCUGGUGCUGCAAUUAUUACUCAAGAAUCAAAGGAUUCAAAGGCAGUUACCAAAAGUUCAGGUCAUGAUCAAAAUCCCAUCAAGCCUCUUGUUCCAGUUUCUUGGCGUGUGCCGCACAAGAACCUCCAUCAAAUCCCUGGGUUUCAAUCAGAUUAUGCUAUGCCUAGAACACGAACACCUUCUCAUAACUGAUUAAUCUCCCUCUUUGAAUCUUAUG